AUGUCUGCGCCUUUAGUCAAGCUUAAUAACGGGCUGGAGAUACCCGCGAUCGGACUCGGUACUUGGCAGUCAAAGUCAAACGAAGUAACUGCCGCGGUCGAAUUUGCUCUGAAGGAAGCUGGAUAUAGACAUAUCGACUGCGCAUGGGGAUAUGGGAACGAGAAAGAGGUCGGCGAUGGUAUCAGAGCCUCCGGCGUUCCCAGGUCUGACAUAUUCAUUACGAGCAAGCUGUGGGGGACGUAUCACUCCCGUGUGGAGGAGUGCCUCGACCAGACUCUGGCAAACCUGGGGACUGAUUAUCUUGACCUGUAUCUCGUUCACUGGCCUGUCCCUUUGAAUCCGAAGGGAAAUCAUCCUAUAUUUCCUCUCCUCCCUGAUGGGAAGCGCGACGUGGACCAUUCUUGGGACUUGAAAGAUACCUGGAAGCAAAUGGAAGCAAUGGUCCAAAAAGGGAAAGUCAAGUCUAUCGGUGUGUCCAACUUCUCUCAGAAGAAGCUCGAUGAGAUACUCCCCACGGCGGAAAUUAUCCCUGUCGUAAACCAGCUGGAGCUUCAUGUCUAUAACCCCCAACAUAAGCUGGUAGAAUACCUCCGAUCCAAAGAUAUCGUCCCAGAGGCAUACUCACCCUUGGGCUCCGCCGGCUCUCCGCUGUUGUCUGAUGAAACUGUCUUGGAUAUUGCCAAAAAGCAUUCCCUCCAGGCCGCAGACGUCCUCGUUGGCUAUCUCCUGGCUAAAGGUAUGGUCGUCCUGCCAAAGUCCAUUACACCUUCGCGCAUCGCAUCGAAUCUGUCUGGAGCUGUCAAUGCGUCGACGAAGCUCGAGAGCGGCGAUAUCGAGAAACUUGAUGGCCUGGCUGCGGCGGGAAAGCAGAAGAGGUUCAUCACUCCCCCCUGGCCUGUCGAUCUUGGAUUCGACCACUGGCCGAGUCUGCUAUAG